UGCCGCGGUGAAGGAGAUGCUGCAUCUCCCGAAAAUGUCGUACCCAAUUUGCCAUUUGGGGAGGAGGGGGAGGAGCAGCUGCAGUAGCUUGAUCUCGCAGCUGAGUUGGCGGCGAUUGCGAUCGAGCUCGGCCAUGGCGCGGGGGGGAGAAGGGGAGGAGCUCGGGGGGUUCUCGGAAUCCAUGGAGAGGCUCAGGAACUACGAGAGGAUCGGCGUGCCCAGAGGCGCAGGGACCGACUCCGGCGACGGCUUCGACCUUGGCCGGAUGCGGCGGUUGCUCCGCCGCCUCGGCGAUCCCCACGCCCUGUUCAAGGCUGUUCAUAUCGCUGGCACUAAAGGGAAAGGUUCAUCUGCAGCAUUUCUGUCCAAUAUUUUACGAGAAGGCGGCUAUAAAGUUGGCUGCUAUACCAGUCCACAUCUUUUGACCAUUCGGGAACGGAUUUCUUUAGGAAGAAAUGGAGAUCCUGUUUCAGCUGAAUUACUAAGGGAUACUUUCCAUGGAGCGAAGGGAGUUCUUGAUCAAUCGAUAGAGCUGGAAAAUGGAGCUCUGACCCAUUUUGAGGUGUUCACAGCUCUUGCUUUUCUUCUGUUUUCUCAAGAGAAAGUUGACAUCGCCAUUAUUGAAGCUGGUCUUGGAGGUGCAAGGGAUGCAACCAAUGUAAUUCGCAACAGUGAACUUGCUGCCUCUGUAUUAACUUCGAUUGGCGAGGAACAUUUGGCUGCUCUGGGUGGUUCUUUAGAAAGUGUGGCGAUGGCAAAGUCAGGAAUAAUCAAGCAGGGGCGUCCGGUUAUUAUUGGUGGCCCUCUUGAGGAAAAAAUUGAGCGCAUUAUUAAGGAUAGGGCAUCUGUCAUGAAUUCUCCGGUCAUAUCGGCAUGUGAUCCUGGAAUACGGAGCAUUUUAAAAUGCUUUGCGAGAGACGAUGACGAACCUCGCCAAACUUGUGACAUAGUUGUUGACAUUCAAAAAGACAUGAAACUGAGUAUCAAAUUACACGAUUUGAAACUUCACAUGCUUGGAGCUCAUCAGCUACAAAAUGCUGUUACGGCAACAUGUACAGCCCUCUGCCUCAGUAAACAAGGUUGGAGAAUAUCGGAUGCAUCCAUUCGAGCUGGCUUGGAAAGGACAAAGUUGCAUGGUAGAAACCAAUUUCUGACUCAGAAGGAAGCCUCAGCUUUUGGGCUUCAAGAAGUGUCAUUACUUGUUGAUGGAGCUCAUACUGAAGCUUCUGCGAAGGGCCUAUCAGAUGUAAUAAGAAUGGCGCAUCCGGAUGGGCCGUUGGCUCUUGUGGUGGCAAUGGCGAGCGAUAAAGAUCAUCUUGCAUUUGCUCAACAGCUUCUUUCAGGCAGGAGACCUGACAUCGUCCUUUUAACUGAGACGAGCAUAAGUGGAGGAAAAUCCCGCACGAGUUCGGCUUCAGCUCUGAAAAAUAUAUGGAUAAAGGCUGCGCAAGACCUCAGUAUCAAUCUCAUAGACCUUGGAGCGGUCGAACUUCACAAACUUUCCAAGGAUAAUAAUUGCUCGUUCGUAUCAAUGAGUGACAACGAAACUAUGUUGAUCGGUUACCAAGUUGCACCGGUUAAUGAUUCGAUCAGGGUUUGUUCUCAGUUGCUUCAGUCGAAGGAGCAGGAUCAGAAUGGUCUCAUUGUUGUAACAGGCUCCCUGCAUAUAGUAUCGUCGCUGUUAGCGGCUGUAUACAAGUAAUAGUUGUAGUUUAUUCUAUUUAUUUUUUGUAGGUCUUUUUGAUAUUCAAGGACCUGAUAAACAGCAGGGGUUGUUAAAAGGCAAUGUUGUUGACCUUGCUGUUUAGCUGUAUUAUUAUUGCAUUUCUACCGUUUUUUCGAUUGAUGCUGUAAAAUUUCUAAUUGUUGGUACUAAAUUUUUUGUCAAAGAAAAUGUUGAGGCAGUGUUUAUACAU